GUCAAGAUGAAAUGCCUUUUUUCUCCCUGUUGCCAUCUACAAGAAACAGAAAAAAAAAUCCAAACACGAGAAUUCCGUUUUCUAAAAAAACUGGCGCAUAGAGUUGUUUUAUGUAAUUCAAUAAAUGAGCUUGUGGCCAUGAACAUGCAACUAAGUCUAUAACAGCCUGUUUGCUUUUAGAAAUCCAUUAGAUUUCUCAGACUAUAGAGAUGAUUUUUAUUUGUUUUAAUAUCUUUUUAACACAAAGCUGAGCAAACAAGAUUUUAGCGAUGUCCUGCAACGGCAGCGAGUGAAUUCAAUCCUGAAAAGUAUUUAUUCGAUUUUGUCGAUUGUAUCUUGAUGGUCUGAUCAUGGUCAAAAAGUAUAUAAUGAUGAAAGAAAAGUGUUAUGAUAUAUCGGAUGCUUGAAAAUUUGUCGGGCAAUAUGGUCUACUACUUAUCUCUGUUAAAGAGAACAUAGAAUAUUUAAUACCUUUAAUCUCCAAGUGGAAGUCAGAGAAAAGGCCAUACAAUGAAUGUGCGACAACCUUCAGUUGAGGUGAAAUCUUCGCCGAGAUACACCAAAUUCCGAAUCAUCAAAAACUUGGUAGUAAUCUCAUUGACAUUUCUAAUGCUCUUCACUGCUUAUGACGGCUUGAGUAUGCUACAGAGUACAAUGAACAAAGAAGAGAACAUAGGUACCAUUUCACAAGCCGUUGUGUACGCUGGAUUUUGUAUAUCAUCUAUGCUCCUUCCAAAGUAUGUAAUUAAAAAGCUGGGCUGUAGGAUUACAAUUCUAAUGGCUGCGAUUUUAUUCAUUCCAUACCUUGCGGCAAAUUUCUAUCCAAACUGGCUCACCAUGAUGCCGUCCGCUAUUCUGAUGGGUAUAGGAACGUCCUUGAUUUGGGGAGCUCAGUGUACAUAUUUUAAUGAGUCUGCUCUCAUUUACUGUACGCUUACUGUAAGAGAAGAAGUGAAAAGAUCUAAUGUGGAAUCAACCCAGACAAGUACAGAAGCGCUUUCUACUAUUGCAGAAUCCACUGUCCCAAGUGUGGAAGAUCUUUCUUUAAACAAUUCAACUGUUAAGAUAAAUGAUGAUUUAUCGGCAAACAAUUCAAAUCAUCAAAGUGUGGAAGAACUUUCUGUUGAGAAUCUGAAUUCUAAUUACAAUCACUUUUAUGAGAAUUCUGAAGAACUAAUGAGCACACCAGAGGUAAAAGCAAAAUUCAAAGGUGAUACACUUCCUGAGAAAAAAGACAUUCCGCCGAGGAGAGGUAGUUAUUCUGUCAAUAAGCGCUUUAAAGUAAGUGCGGUGUCCAGCGAUCAUGGAAAAAGUAUAGAAGAAAGAUUAGGAAUUGGAGCUCGAAAUGAAUUGAAUCCACUUCCGACUAUUACAGGGAAAACAAGAUCUAUUAGUGCCCCUAGCUCUAGCUCUAACUCUAAUCAAAAGAGAGGCAAUGUUGUUUCUUUAAGACCAAAUAGGGAAUCGUACUACAGAAUUCCCAGGAAAAGCACUGGUUAUAUCGACACACUUCAAAGAUUUGCAGGUCUCGAAUCGAUCACUGCCCGCUUUUUCGGAUGUCAUGGGCUGGUUUUCCAUUCAGCACAAGUGUGGAGCAAUCUUGUAUCCUAUUACAUUCUACAAACUGGCAACCGUGUGAAUGAAACUGUAAAUUCGACUUGCUUUUGUGGGUCUGAAUUCUGCAACUCGCAACCGGAAUGCGUUGGUGUAAGCCCUGAUGGAGUUGAUGACGAAUUGCGCUACUAUUUGUCUGGGGUGUCAGUCAUUCUUGCUGUAAUCGGUGUUAUACUGGUUAUCAUAUUCCUCGAUCCUUUGAAUACAGAGAAAGAACCCGUCAAGUUUAAUUUUAACGUUCUCAUGGCUACAUUCCGUAAUUGCAAGAAGAUGGAACAGCUUUCUCUGAUACCGAUAUCGCUUUACGUAGGAAUGCUCCAAGGAUUUUAUACUGCUGAUUUCACGAAGUCGUUUAUAGGUUGCGCAUGGGGCUCUUCUUAUGUUGGUAUAGUGACAGCUUCCUAUGGCGUAGCCUGCGCGUUUUCAGCCACACUCUCCGGUGCCCUAGUCAAAUACAUUGGAAGAAUUCCAAUCGUUCUCACAGCUCAGCUAGUGAAUAUAGGAAACAGUGUCUUCAUGUUAAUGUGGGUUCCGGAUUCAGAUCAUCCAAUGAUGUUUUUCGUUACAGCAUGCCUUUGUGGUAUCGUAACAGGCAUAAUUUGGGCACAAAUACCAGCUUUUUAUGGUGUUCUAUUUAAAAAAGAUGAAGAGGCGGCUUUCGGAUGCUACUAUGUUUGCAAUUCUAUGGGCUGGCUCAUUCCCUUUACAAUAAGCGACUACAUAUGCACGUCAGUGAAAAUCUACAUCUUGCUAACAGUGUCCACUCUUGGGAUACUAGGAUAUCUGAUUACAGAAAGAAUUUACUUCAAGAGGAAAAAUCAAAUUGGUUUAAGAUUUGCAUAGAAAUUAUUGCAUAUACAGAUCAAAAUGAACAAUUAACAGAAUUAUAUCACGUUAAAUACUUUUAUAAAGUUCAUUGGAAAAUUUGAAUCAUAUGAGGAUUUUUCCUGGACUAUGCAGAUUUCUUUCAGUUUAAAGAAAUUAACUUGUAUGAUAUUUGAAACUGGACAGUAUGAAGAUUCAAUAACUUGUUGCUCUUUAUCGUUGGAAAAGUUUUACUGUAUUUAUUAACAUGUUUUAUAAGUUAGUGUUUUAAUUAAAAAUAAUAUACUAAUGAAAUUGUGAUCUUAUUUUU